UACUGUGAAUAACCGGCUAUGUUUCUUUUUUUUUUUCAUAAAAGACCCAAAAGAAGGUAUUUAUGGUACUUCCUCUUUAAGAGUCCGCGCAUGCGCAAACUACCAGGAAAGUUAACUCCUGAACUUCGUAGAAAGAAGAUUUGUGAUUUUUAAAAUCACAGGAAAAACUUUACUGUGUUGACAUGGCAUUUCGCCGGAGGAACAAAAGUUACCCUUUCUUCAGCCAGGAGUUCUUAAUUCAGAACCAUGCCGAUAUUGUUUUCAGUUUGGUGAUUGUCAUUUUGAUUGGACUGAUGUUUGAGACAACAGCAAAGACGGCCAUAUUGUUCAUUCAGCCUCAGUACAAUGUCACAACAUUAUCACCAGAGGGAGAGGUGACGACGUAUCUGUACGGAUGGAAAGACUGCGCCACCAUUCUCUUCUACUUCUUCAUCACCAUCAUCCUCCACGCUGUCGUGCAGGAGUACCUUCUUGACAAAGUGAAUCGACGCCUACACCUCUCCAAGAGCAAAAACACCAAGUUUAAUGAGUCGGGUCAGCUUUGUGUGUUUCACUUUGUGUCGAGCGUGUGGAGUUUCUAUGUUCUCCUAAACGAAGGAUAUAUCUUGCAUCCCAGCAGCCUUUGGGAGAAUUACCCUCAUUCACAUCUUAGGUUUCAGGUGAAGUUUUUCUACCUCACUCAGCUGGCCUACUGGCUCCAUGCCUUGCCAGAGCUCUACUUCCAGAAAGUGCGCAAGGAGGAGAUUCCUCGCCAGCUCCAGUACAUCUGUCUGUAUCUCCUGCACAUAUCUGCAGCCUAUUUGUUAAACUUGACUCGUGUGGGUCUGGUACUCCUGUUCCUCCAGUAUUUAUCAGAGCUGGGCUUCCACAUCGCCAGACUCCUCUACUUUACUGAUGAGAACCACCAGAAAAUGUUUGACCUGUGGGCAGUUAGCUUUGUGUUCACACGGAUGACCACGCUGACCCUGAUGUUCCUCUCUGUGGGAUUUGGUUUGGCUCGAGCUGAGAAUCAGGGGCUGGACUUGGAGAUGGGCAACUUCAACACUGUGCUGAUAAGAAUGAUUGUCCUGCUGCUGGUGUGUUUGACUCAAUCCUGGCUGCUGUGGAAGUUUAUCCGCUUCCAGCUAAGGCGUUGGAGGGAACUCCGACACGAGCAGGCUGUUCGCAAGAAGGCUGCCACAAAACAACCCCUGCGGCCCCUAAAGAGAGACUCGCUUGGUAACCAUGAAAACGGAGUUCUUAAAGCGGAGAAUGGAGUCUCUCCCCGGACAAAGAAACUCAAAUCUCUUUAAGAUCCUCUGACUGGCGUGAAAAGCUGCCUUAGUGGUGGCUAAGGUUCUCGAUCAGCACCCGAGGGAAGCUGAUGGCUGCUGGUCGUCGAGCUUCUGGCUGAAAAUGUCCUGCGAUGUUCCAAGGACUAUGUCGCAGAUGUUGGAAAAUGAAAUCCAAGGAAAAUCCUUUGAUCCCAACAGACAUUUAUCCUUCUCAUUGUAUCAGUAUUUUGUAUUUGUAAAACAUACUUGCAGCUUGCAAUCCCAUCAUAAAGCAGACAGUUGUAUGCAGUGAUAAAAUAGUUAAAUAAGCGUGUUCAUCCUCAAACUGAAGUACUGUAGCGUUGCAGCUCGGACUGUUGAGCCUUUGUGUUCUGUUUUUUAGUCCACAGGAGCAGAAAAGUGUUACUGAUUUUUUUAUUUUAAUUUUUUAAUUUUUGGUAUGAUAUGAACUAUCUGGUAAAACUGUACAUGUGUCACUUAUCACUUUCCAUUAAGUAUGUUGGAUAACACUGCAUGCCAUUCCAUUUCUGAUUUUUGUUUUUGUUCCGAUUUGUUUAUUAAUUACUUUAUUAAAUAAUGCAAUUGUUCAAA